AUGAGGGGUAUCGAGUAUUCUAUGGGUGACUUCAUUUUUCUUAAGGUUUCUCUGUGGAAGAAAGUUCUGAGGUUCGGUUGUAAGGGCAAGUUGAGCCCUAGGUUCAUCGGGUCAUAUCGGAUUCUGAAGCGUGUGGGAUCGGUCGCUUAUCAGUUGGAGUUACCUCCAGAGUUAGACCAUAUCUAUGACGUGUUUUACAUCUCAAUGUUGAUGCGGUAUCGGUCUGAUCCAUCUCAUGUUGUCUCUGUUGAGGAGAUUGGGGUUAGACCAGACUUGACUUUCGAGGAGAAGCCGAUUCAGAUUUUGGAUCGAGAUAUUAAGGUUCUAAGGAGGAAGUCCAUUCCCUUGGUGAGGGUUCUGUGGCAGAAUCAUGACAAUGAGGAAGCCAUUUAG